AUGCAGGUCACCACGCCCGAGCUCCUCCGCCUACGCGCGCCCCCGUGGCCUCAACCGCCGGCUGCCGCCCGGCCCAUCCACCUCCUGCCCGGCGCCGACUCCGCGCGAGCGCCCCCGACGGGCCACGCCCGAGCCCUCCACGGCCGACUGCCCUGCGCGCCGGGUCGCCGCGGUCGCCUCCCUCCCCGCAAGACUGCCAGCCGGCUCCACACCUCCGCACGAGCGCCCCCGACGGGCCAUGCCCAAGCCCUCCGCGGCCGACUCCCCUGCGCGCCGGAUCGUCGCGGCCCCUCCGCCCCGCCCCAUGGCCGCCUCCGCGCGCCGGCCUUGCCCGGCUUGCCCCGCGCCCGCACCGCUUGGCCCCGGCGCGCCCGCCGACUCGCCAUCUCCUCGCCGUCCGCCCGCGCCAACUCCCGCUCUGCCCCGCGGGCCCCUGCCGGGUCAACGCGCCCACGCGUCUGCCCUGCCGAAUCGCCGCGCCCGCCGGUGGCCGACUCCGCCUCCGCCCACGCGUCUGCCCCGCCGAGUCGCCGCGCCCGCCGGUGGCCGACUCCGCCUCCGCCCACGACCGCCUGCUCGCCUCGGCCGGCUCCCGAAGUCGCCGCGCCCGCCUGCGGUCGACUCCGCCCGCGCCCCCGCGGCCGGCCGACUCGCCUCCCCGGACAGCCGGCUCCGCCCGCCACCCGGUCGGCCUGCUGCCGGCCGACUCGCCUCCUCGGACGGCCGGCUCCGCCCGCGCCCCCGCGGCCGGCCGACUCGCCUCCCCGGACAGCCGGCUCCGCCCGCCACCCGGCCGGCCUGCUGCCGGCCGACUCGCCUCCCCGGACGGCCGGCUCCGCCCGCGCCCCCGCGGCCGGCCGACUCGCCUACCCGGACGGCCGGCUCCACACGCGCCCCCGCGGCCGGCCGGACUCGCCGCCCCGCGCCUCCGACCUCCGUCCCGAGCGCCCCCGCCUCCGGCUUGGUUUCGUCCGCGCCUCAGCGCCUGCCCCGCCUCGCGGCCCCCUCUGCCUGUGCGCCCCAUGGCCGGCUGCGCCAUGCCCGUCGGAGGCCGGCUGCGUCCCGCACCGGCUCGCGCCUGCGCCGGCCGCUUCCCGCCUUGGCCGUGGCCUUCGCUGGCCAGCUGCCUAG